UUUUCAAUCCUAGGGCUUUUCUCUGUGAGCAGCAAAGAAGAAAGGGUUCUUCUCUCUUAAUUUAUCAUGAUCUCUCACCUUCUUCUUCUUCUCUCAGAGAUCAUCAAACCCUAGCAUCCAUGUCUCUGAUCGAGAACGAAGAUUUUCAGCACGCUCUACGUGUUUUGAGCACAAAUGUCGAUGGAAAGCUGAUCAAGUUCGCGCUUGCAUCGAUCUAGGGUUUUGGAUGCUUCUAUUGUCAAGAAAAGAAGCAACAUUGGGCGAUAUGCGUUUCUGGAGCCUCUCAGAAUGAAAAAGGUUCUAUUUUUAACAAGAAGAUCAGUAAACGCUGCUUAAAUUGCGAGGGAGGAGAUGAAUGUUGAUUCAGAAGCUUUCAAACUCAAAAAUUGAAAGCAGAAGAAAAGACUAGGAUGAAACAGUCUAGUAGAAAGGAAGAGAUAAAAGUGAUGGAAAAGAGGGUAUUGAGGUCAAAGUAUGUAAAGGAAAGAGAAGAAGCUGACAGCAGUAAGGGGUUGUUAGCUCUUUCUGCGGCUGAUCGCAAAAGGGAUAAUUCUUCCCGCAGGAAAAAGGCUAAGAACGAUCAGUUGAGUAGUGAGCGGGAGACAAAGCUAAACCCGAAGAAGAUUUCGAAGCUGAAAGUAACAAAGGAAAGGGAUGGAGCUGACUCUGUAAAGAAAUCAGGUCCAGAAAGAAAGAGAAGUAGAGAAGCAGUUGAUGAUAAGACCAGUUUGAAGAAAUUUCGAUUGGGGCAUUUGAAACACAAGCAAGAAGAGGGCAUGGAAAGUUGUGAGGGAAAUAUUAAAAGGAAAUUUCUCAGGUCUGGAGACAAGCGCUCCAAGCCCAAUGAGGAAAGAAUGCAGGAGGACUCGGAAAGGAAAACUGGGGCAGAAACUGAGAAUUGUAAGUGGAUUGAGCGAUCGACUGCGAGGACACUAAGGAAACUGAAAGCUAACAACAGUUUUUUGGACAGCACCAGAAAAGAUGAUGUUGAUGUUUCCCAGCAGAGUGGUGGUGUUUUAAGGGUUUUGCCAAGUAACAAGAAGGUUGGUGGGAUCGAAGAAGGCCAAAUACAGAGGGAAGAAAAAGAAGAAAGAAAAACCAAGAAACCAAUUUCCACCGCUAAGUCAGUUAAAAAAGAUCAGUUGAACCCGAGAAAAGUUUCUUCGGGUGAGAUUGCAAAACCCGGAAAGGCAAAAUCAGAAGCUUCUGCUAAGAUCCAGCUGUACACAAAAGGUAAAGCUAGUGAAGGUCAAAGCACUGUGAAACAAAGAAUCCGGGAUCAGAUAAAGGGUAUCCUUUUAGAUGCUGGUUGGACGAUUGAACUGAAACCCAGAAGAGGUAGAAACUACAAUGACAAUGUGUAUAUGCCCCCAACUGGAGGAGGAGGGCUUUGGUCAAUCACAAAAGCUUACAAUGUUUAUGUGAAGAGCUUUAAUGAGAACUCUUCUCGAGGUAAUCAAGGCCAUGAGGGAAAGAAUCCAACAUUUGCAACUGUCCCGGCAGAACUUUUGCAAAUGCUGACUAAGAAUAUGGUAAACAAGAGAAGAAGGAAGAAAGAAAUUGAAAAGGCCAAGAAGUUAGGAGUAAGGAAAAAAGGUGAGGGAAAUGUCAGAAGAACAAGCUCCAAAGGCGCGGGAGGUACAAAUAAACUUCACCCAAGUGUUAGAAACAAGAAGAGAGGGUGUGCGCUGUUGGUUCGUGGAUCUAGUCAGGGCACGGAUAUCAAUGACAAUGAUGGUUAUUUUCCAUACAUUUGGAAAAGGACCAUUCUAUCAUGGAUGGUAGAUUUGGGCAUCGUGCAUGUAGAUGAAAAGGUGAAGUACAUGAACAAGAAAAAAACACGAGCUUUACUGGAGGGAGUUAUAACAAGAGAUGGUAUUCGUUGUGGCUGCUGUAGUAAAAUUAUCCCUAUCUUCAAAUUUGAGAUUCAUGCUGGUAGCAGACUGCAUCAGCCAUAUGAAAAUAUUCUUAUGGACAGGUCAGGAAUUUCCCUUUCGCAGUGCCUACUGAAUGCAUGGGAGAAGCAGCAAGAAUCUGAGCGGCUGGGUUUUCACAAAGUAGACAUUGAAGGUGAUGACCCAAAUGAUGAUACUUGCGGUAUCUGUGGAGAUGGUGGUGACUUGAUCUGCUGUGAUGGUUGUCCUUCUACUUUCCAUCUUAACUGCUUGGAUCUUCAGAUGCUUCCUCCUGGUGUUUGGCACUGUGCUAACUGUACAUGUCGAUAUUGUGGGUUAGUUUCUGGUGCUGUUUCAAAAGAAGAUGGUUCAGAUGCUUAUAUGUUACUGACGUGUUCUCAGUGUGAGAGAAAAUAUCACCGUGAGUGUAUCCCUGAAGAAGAUUUUGUUUCUGUUCAUUCAAAUGAUUCAGACACUUCAUUUUGCGGGAAGACUUGCAGAAAGAUACUUUGGCAACUGCAUAAGCUUCUUGGAAAAAAGAAUGACUUGGAAGCGGGUUUAUCAUGGCGCCUCAUCCGUUGUCUCGGUGAGGAUUCAUCCAGAUAUCCUUGCAAUCUGCCUCAGAAAACAGAAUGCAACUCUAAGAUUGUUGUCGCUUUUGCGGUUAUGGACGAGUGUUUUCGUCCUAUCAUAGACCAGAGGAGUGGCAUCAAUCUGGUCCAUAAUGUUGUCUAUAACUGUGGAUCAAAUAUCAAUCGCCUAAGUUACACUGGCUUUUAUACUUUUGUUCUGGAGCGAGAGGAUGAAAUUAUUUCUGUUGCAUCUGUCAGAAUACAUGGUGCCAAGCUGGCAGAAAUGCCAUUUAUUGGGACAAGAAACAUGUACAGGCGCCAGGGGAUGUGCCGCAAACUCCUUAAAGGAAUUGAAUCAGCUCUCUAUUCUCUUAAUGUUGAAAUUUUGAUAAUACCGGCUAUAGCUGAAUUGAUGGAAACCUGGACUAGUAAUUUUGGCUUUGAGCCUCUAGAGCUUCUACACAGAAAGGAAGUUAGCUCCACAAAUACGUUGAUUUUCCCUGGUACUGGUCUAUUGUAUAAACCAAUAGUAAAAAAGGGUUCAACUGAAGAACAUACAACUUCUGAUGGAGGUGAACUGGGUGAAUCUGCAACUGAUAAUGGACAUGUAUCCGAAGCCCCAAAUAAGCAUGAGGAAGAAGGUGCAGGACUUGUUCUCGAGAAGACUGAAAACUCUGAUGCUUCUUCUAAAUCUCAAUCACAAACUCCUGCAUUUGAAUCUUUGGCUAGUGCCACUGAUGUGGAUCUUUCUACUCAUCCCAAAUUGGAUCAAAAUGAUAUUACAUGUGAAGAUACAUUAGGGGUGCAUUCUCCCAAGGAGCCUAAGAUUGAAAUACCUCGUGUAGGUACUCUUCAUGGGAAUCAGGAAAGCACAAAUCCUGUGUUUAUCGCAAUGUCAGAUCAAAGUGCAGGCGCUGCCAAACAUGACACAAAUGUCAAGACUUCCUAUUAUUCAGCUGAUAAUUCUACACAGCAUCUUACCUCGCCAGAGGUUGAUGAUGGAGCUCUUAGUGUUAAUUCUGAAUCUAACAUCUCAUCUGCUUGUGGAAUCAAGAGUUACGUGAUGCCACCUGAUACUCAUAAUCACAGGCAGCAUAUUAUAUCGAAGGAUUCUGCACUUGUGGUUAACGGUGACUCUGCUUGUUCUGAAAUUGUUACAGCUUCACAUGUUCAUAGUUCUAUUGUCAAGUCCCCAAAACUGAGUUAUGCUGAGGAUAGUAAUGGUGGUGUCGAUUCAUCUGUAUGCAAAAGUGGAACACCAGGCGGAGCAUUGAACUGUUGUUUAACAUGACUUACAGGAAGUAAAUGGUGUUGCUGCUGAUGUUCGGAUUGAGACUGAUGGUGUGCUUGAUACUACUAUUCAUGAAGAUAUUUUGGAAGAAAGCUCAUCUCCUAGCCAGUGGUUGCUCCACAGAUGUCGAUAUUUAAAUUUAUACUUGGAUUUGCGACAAAGCGCAUAUCAAAACUCUUGCGCAUCAACUGGAUGCCUAAAUUAUCAGUAUCUAGAGUCAUAAUGAGUUGCAUGUCUCAACAUUGGCGCAGGCAGAAGGUGAAUUUUGGGAACAUCCUCUUAGAACAGUUUGUUUACAGCAUUUUGUUCUUGAUCCUUUAUUUAGCCGCUCUCUUUUUGAGAUGAUUUUUGGGUGAACAGGUCUUUUUGUCGUAAAAUGAAAGUGGUAAAGCUCCAGCACUGCCAUUUCUUCGACUGUACAUAGGACUUCACUGUUAAGGAGUUGCUGAUGUUAUCGAGUUAUACUGGCUAACAGUAACCUGACCGUCUAAUAGAUCAUGAGCAGGCUGCUGCUCAUGUAAUAUAUUAAUGAUUACAUGUGCUAAUUUUGGUUUCAAGUGAUCAAUUUUGUGAAAGAAAAAACAUUUGCAUUGUGGUAGUGAUCAUUCUUGUGCAUCUCAAAAAGUGAAAUGAAGCGAAUAUUUACAUUUUGGUCA